AUUCUAAUAUCCUGACGUCGCGUGACAGGGUGGCCCCUCCGAGCGGCUUUCGCACCAUGGCGUUCUGUCGCCCACAGCCGUGACGGUCGCGCGUUGAAACGGUGUCAUUUGCCCGAACACUGCCUGUCCGUCUUGCUCAACCAUUAGCAUCCUUUUCGCAGAGGGCGAGCAUUGUGAACUGCGUUGUGGCCUCCUGUGUUGGGCCCUCGUACAACAGGGACACCGCCAAGGCUGCAACAAUAUAUUACUUCGGAUCUUGCCUUUGUUCUGUCACUGACUGUGGUCACGCCAGCGCCUGCCCGUUCCUCGUCAAGCAGCCGCCGUUGGGAGCUGGCUGGCUCACGGCAUAAGCCAAAAGUGUGGAGGUCGGGUCCGAUGGUGCAGAAAAGGAGGCGCAGGCACUUACCGCGCAGGGGCCGAUAUGAUGCCGAAAUACUCGCUAAGCUGCGCCCGCUAAUGGACCGGACGAGCACCCGUCGACCGCCGAAAAUGUGACGGAUCCGUUUAUGACGACAGCGACGGACAACGGAGAUUCCUGCCCUUCGAAAGCGCGAACGGGGAAGAGGGUGGGCUGCAGGCCAGCAGCUCCGUCGAUGGGGAUGGACAUGCGUACGGGUGCGUCCCGUUCGAGGAUGUCUUUGCACGUCUCGGCGAGCUCGACUUGAGCGGCGUGCCAAGUGAUUCAGGCGCGAGGACACGAGAUGCUCAUCAAAGACUUUUGCCCCCCGACGCGAGCAUUCCCCUUCCCCUGCGUGUCAUGCAGAAUUACUGACGACUGAGCGCUCGUAUUGAGCGGAAAGCCAAUACCAUGGCUUGGGCAAUCGUUCGACCAGAAGCCUGGCUUGCAUUAUUCGAGAGGGAGAAAAAAAAAUCAGGAGAAACCUUGGCUGGACUGUCUCUGUCGUUGUUGCGCCGUGGUGCAUGAGAAACGAUGCCGUAGCCGUACGCAUAGCGGCAAACUGGACAAAACCGUGAUCAAGGUGCAGCGCGUAUUCCCGAUCUGAUCACGUUUCCGGCGUUUUUCAUCCUUUACCGAGUACAAGUAACAGUGAAUCGCAGGAUCGACUCGUCCGCCUCCUCUUUUGCGACGGAUCUGCAAAGCCUUAUGGACACCAACCGUGUCCACAUCCGCACCGACAGAGCAGUCCGCCAGCGGCAUCUCUGAUCAGUCAUGUAAACAAGAUUUGACCUGCCAAAUUUCCACCUCGUGUUCUGCACCUCAGGACAGCACUCAAACACCGCUUAAAAUGUUCCUGCAGCUAAAAAAGCACAGCGAAUCACUCCCAAGAAAAUAAGAUCUGCCACUAACGGGGGUUGGUACCUGGCACGUUUCCUCUUACAGGCUAGAUGGUGAGCAAAUGGGCAAUCUGGAGCGCUUCCAAGACUCCACCACACGAUUUGUGGACUUCCAAGACUGUACCAAUUGUUUCGGCAGCCGUGCCACUCAGUCGGUUUCUAUGUUUGGACUACCCCAUUAAGAUAACCGCUAGCAGGAAGGCUGGACGCCCCCGUCUCCUCCUCAUGCACCGUAGAGAUCGAAUAUAUUCUAGCUGGUCGGCUUCGAUCUUCUUUCUCCUGUCCUUCGUUCUGUCUCUUCCUACCAUAGUCGUUCUUUUGCUGUGAGACAGCUUAAUUCUCACCAUGGCGGCGACCACUCGUUACGCUGCUGCCAUAUCCGCUCUUUCCGUUCUUUCUGCUGUUUCUGCUGGAGCUUCUUUUCCAGGUUAUCCUUCAUGUAUUCCUACUACUACUACAGUGUAUACUACCGUCACGGUUCCUGAGGGUUGGAAGGCAUCGCCAGCUGUUAGCGAGUCGCCCAAGGCAGCCUCUACAUGCAGCCAACAGUACACCCCGAACCCCUCGUGGUCUGUUCCUGGUGUGACUUUUCCGACGUACUCGCCCGAGAAGCCCAACCCGAACGGACCGUAUUACAACCCGUACAACUACGUUCCCGAGCCGAUCAACUGGCCUGGUCUUCCAAAGAAGGGUCAAAUUGACCCGCCACCAAUGCCGUCCGGCCGGCCUCUGCCUAUCGGUGGUUACAGCGCUUCCAAGUAUGAUGCGCCGCAUUGGUGCUUGAAAGGCAGUGACUUGAAGCCAGCUCUGUCUCAGCAAGACACCAACGGUGCUUCGCAAUGGGGUCUGAUCGAUUGCCCACAUCUGCCUCCCUAUCUUGGUCCAGGUGGUGGCAGCGUCAACCCAUCCACCACGGGUGGCUCUACUCCCACGUCCAAGCCUGCUGGUGGUUCUAGCAUCGUCCAGAGCCCCUCUGUGACCUACAGCAGCCCAAGCAACAGCACCAAGACGAGCUCCAGCUAUGUGCCCUCAAUCACCUCCUCGUUCACCGACAAGUGCGUAGCUAAUGACACCUCGGCGGCUUGCGGCAAGAUGCCAGACACUGGCGUCACUCGCAAGUACAACUUCGAGAUUUCCUACGGUGUCAUCGCUCCCGAUGGAAUCGAGGUGAACGGAAUCCUCGUCAAUGGCCAGUUCCCCGGUCCUCUCAUCGAGGCAAACUGGGGUGACUGGAUCGAAGUCACUGUCAAGAACAAUCUCCCCUACAACUCUGGCGUUGAUGGCGGCGAGCCAACCUCGAUGCACUGGCACGGUUUCCUCCAGCAAGAGACUCCUUACUAUGAUGGUGUCCCAUCGGUUCAGCAGUGCCCGAUCCCCCCAGGCAAGUCCCUUACAUACCGCUUCCGUGCUGACCAGUUCGGAACGUCCUGGUAUCAUUCCCACUACAGCGCGCAAUACUCUGGUGGUGCUUUCGGCCCAAUUGUGGUUCACGGUCCUGCGACCGCUUGCUACGACGAGGAUAUUGGUCCAAUCAUCCUCCAAGAUUGGUACCACAAGGAUUACUUCACCAUGCUCCAGAGCGUGAUGAACAACACUAUUCCUCUGUCGAACAACGCUCUGAUCAACGGCAAGAUGAACUAUCCAUGUGCAAACACUACCCUGCCCUGCACGCCAAAUGCUGGUAUCUCCAAGUUCAAGUUCACCCCUGGCAAGAAAUACCGUCUUCGUCUUAUCAACACGUCCGCAGAGGCUCUGAUGAAGUUCACAAUCGACGGACACAACUUCACCGUUUUCGCCAACGACUUCAAGCCAGUGGUGCCCUACACCACUCAAGUCGUCACCCUCCUCGUUGGUCAGCGUACUGAUGUUGUUGUUGAGGCUGUCGGCAAGGCUGGCGACAGCUACUGGAUGCGUUCUGAGAUGGGUAACGCUCUUGCCAAUGAUGGUUGCUCAUUCAGCGACGGUGUUUCUACACAGGCUGUUGCUGCCGUCUACUAUGACGGUGCUGAUACUAAUUCCGUGCCAACAUCUCAGAACGGUCUUACCCCGGCUCUCAAGAAUGCUUGCGGAAACGACCCUCUCCCACUCACGCAGGCUUUGUGCCCAGUUCCUCUCGCGGCCGAUGAGGAUGUUGACACUCUGACUGUUGACUUCACCUUCAAGAGCAACGGUACCAACCUUGUGUGGUCUGUCAACAACCAGACUUUCCGCGCCAACAUGAACCAGGCUCUGCUUUCGAAUGUCAUUGAUGGCGACUUCAAUUUCGAGAAGGAGUGGAACGUGUUCCAAUUCGAUUCCUCUAAGAAGGCCAUUCGUAUCAUUAUGAGGAACUUCUUCCAGAACGGCCACCCGAUGCAUCUUCACGGCCAUGACUUCAACGUUCUUGCUGUUGGCUUUGGUGAAUGGGAUGGCACCAUCACCAACCCAACCAGAACUCUUGUCCGCGAUGUCGGUCCUCUUCCACCGUUCAGGCCAGAUAUCAAUGCCCCCGCCUACCUCGUUAUUCAGUUCAACCAGGACAACCCCGGUAUGUGGCCACUCCACUGCCAUAUCGCCUGGCACGUGUCCCAAGGUCUGUAUUUCAACGUCCUCGAGAAGCCUGGUUCGAUCAACUACCAGAUUCCGGGUCCUGUUAAGCAGACCUGCCAGGACUACGAUGCUUGGACCAGCCGCAAUAUCCCACUGCAGAUCGACUCUGGUGUGUAAAAAAGCUGCGCCGAGUCGCGGGACGGGUUUCAAGACCCUUAGGCCACCCUAAGGCACUCGAAGUCCGAUAAUGAAUAUUGAGCAUAUGGGAACAUUCGGGAACUUUUGGGCAUGUAUUGUAAUUCUAAGAGGUAAUAUGCACUUUCGAGUUUUGCACCUCGUACUUUUGACUUCUUUAUCUUCGUCUCCAUCCAACUUGGAGAAUUUCUCUUUCACAUUUUGUGCCUUAGCUUCAAUAUGAUACCCGCUUAUAGGGAGUCUGGAGCCAAAAGAAAUCAAUAAUGUCGUGCAUCUCUCUAAUUCCGUGUUGAGCUCCUCUUGUAGCCCAACAAGGGAGUGUCUCAUUGAGGCAGUCGACGAUGACCAAUUAGAGUCGUGCAACCGGCUCGUGCUCGCCUCUCAACCUGCCGCACGUUCGGCGCGUGCCUCUUCGUAGACGUAUACAGUGUAACAGCAUUGCCAC